AUGGCUGAUUUUAACGACUACCAGUCUCAAUUCUUUUAUCAACCCGCUGCUGCUGAAGAAUGGAUCCGUCAAUACCAAAGGAUUGACCGUCAGUUGGCAGAACUCCAAUUCCGAUUGGAAAUCGGCAAUGAUCUUGAUUUGACCCACAAGACUGUCUCGGGUCAUUUACAGGAGCUUAAAUACCUUUAUUCGUCCCUGCUGGGUUCUGACCAUGACGAUCUGGGCAAGCGAAAAAUGGUGAUCGAACUUAUUGCCACUGCCACACGCCUUCUGAGCCAAAUCGAACAACGUAAGCAAUUUAAGGAUCGUUCGACACCAGUUUUUCCCAACACAGGAGACCAACAGAUGAAAAUGGAAGAGCACAAAUUGAUCGGCAUGAAAAAACUACAGCAGAGCGUCGAAAGCCUGAAUGAUGUUUUCAAAAGUCUAGCUCAACAUGUCGCAGAUCAGGACAGCUUGGUCGACAGCAUCGAAUCGCAAAUCAAAGGGACUAACGAAAAUACUAACGAGGGAUGUCAACAACUGACCGAAGCGGAAAGUUUCCAAACUGGAAAACGUUGGCUGAUUGCUAAAUUUACUCUGGUCGCUUCUUUUAUCGUCGGUAUCGGACUUCUUCUGCUCUAG